AUGCGGGGCCUCAACAUGGCCUCCUUCUUUGCGGCCAGUAAGAUCAUCGUCUUCAUCACCUUCACUGUCUACGUCCUCCUGGGGAACACCAUCUCAGCCAGCCAGGUGUUUGUGGCAGUGUCUCUAUAUGGUGCCAUCAAGCUCACAGUGACCCUCUUCUUUCCACUGGCCAUCGAGAAGGUGUUCGAGACCAUCAUCAGUAUCCGCAGGAUCAAGAAUUUCCUUCUGUUGGAUGAGAUUGAGAGAAACAACAUGAGAUUCACCCAGGAGGAAGAGAAAGACACCUCUGUUGAGAUCAAGGACUUAAUUUGCUACUGGGACAAGUGUCUGGACGCCCCGUCUCUCCAGAACCUGUCACUCACAGUAAAGUCGGAGCAGCUUGUCGCAGUCAUUGGACCUGUGGGGGCUGGAAAGUCCUCUCUGCUAAGCGCCAUCCUGGGGGAGCUGCCUCACGACAAGGGCGUGUUGAGGAUCAAAGGUCAGCUGACCUACUCCUCCCAGCAGCCCUGGGUGUUCCCUGGAACCAUCCGCAGCAACAUCCUGUUUGGCAAAGAGCUCCAUCUUCAGAAGUAUGAGAAGGUCCUGAGAGCCUGCGCACUCAAGAGG